UUCAUUCUUUUUUUCCUCUCAAGAAUUAAAAACAAAAAUAAUAUUUACACCAGAAUAUCAGCCCAAUAAAGUUCCAAAACUUAUCAGAAUUCCCAAAAAAAUGCCUCGAACACUCUUCGAUAUUUGCCUCUCUGCUGUAUGUCAAAGAAGUACUUGUUAUGAUGAGGGUGAUUUGGCUUUAUUACCCUGUGAUUGUAAAUUGCGAUUGCUAGAAUAUUUUGUUUCGCAUGACUUGACCAAAAUAUGCUUAUACUUGAGCGAUCAUCUUGAUGACAAUACUUUGGGAAUAUUAGCAGAGCAUUGUAACAAUCUUCGCUAUAUUUCCCUUAUUGAAUGUUCCAAUAUUACUGACAUUGGAAUAAUUAAUUUAACCAAAAACCAAACAAAACUUGAACGGCUUGAACUUGUUGGACUAUCAAAAAUUAGUUCAACAGCCUUUGCUUUCGUAAAAUCUAAAAAGCUUUCAAAUGUGGAUUUAAGUGGAUGUUCUAAAAUAAGCUCUGAAGGAAUAUUUAAUUUGGUUUAUAAUAAUCCCUCAAUUAUUAGUCUUUGUUUAAAUGGAUGUAGUGGAUUGGAUGAACAAGCCCUUUAUGACAUCGCGCAUUGUAUUGGGGAGAGGCUUUGCCGUCUAGAACUGGAUAAUUUACACAAUUCCAAUAUUAUUGAACGGGUACAAGCAAUACAUAGUCUUUCUCAAAAGGAGGAAGAAGCAACAGAGCAGCAAUGCUUAAUUGAAGGAAGUGGUUUGAGAGAUAUUGACCUCUAUGGAAAUUAUUUUUGGCAACCCCCAACACUUCCUUUAACCUUGUGCUCUUUACGCCUCUCUGUUACGGGUCAAGAAAAUGUACAUCAACUUCUUACAAGUUUACAACAACAAACUAAAUUGGUUAAUAUACAUUUACAAUUACAAUGUUUUGAAGAAGAUGCGCAUUCAAUAGAAAACGCAAACACAUUCCUCUACAAAUUUUUGCGUAUAAUGGGAACUAAAAUCACUCGCCUUCACAUCGCUGUUCAACGCCUUUGCGAUUCUGUUAUGUUACUUAUAGCCUCACAGCUCCCAAAUUUGAGUCAUUUAGCCUUGGAUGUAUAUUACCUAAAUUCGAAUACAUUAAAACGUCUUUUUGCCGGUGGACUUCACUCCCAGGGGGCUAAAUUACGCUCUCUACGUCUUUGCCGUUUAAAAAUUACAUAUCGAGCAUUAUUUUCUAUUGGGCGUUGGGCCCGUUCCCUUGUCGACUUGGAAACCUCCCACAUGUCUUCCUCUGUCGACGACCGUUUUCUUGUCCUUUUGGCUAAAAAUUGUAAACUUUUGCAAACGGUAAAUUUUAAUGGUUGUAAAUGGGUUACAGAUAAAGGACUUGCUGGAUUAGCAAGAAAUAAGCGUCUUCGAGAAGUUCGGAUAAGAGGGACAAGUUGUACUGACAAAUCACUCUACUCGUUGGCACAGUUCUGCCCGGCCUUAGAAUGGAUUGCCCAUGCUGAUUUUAGUGGACGUCCAAAAUUUAGUGACCAAGCAUUAAAAUGUUUAAGAGAUGCGUGCAUACAACGAGUGAUUUGUUAA